AGUAGCAUCAACUACAUCAAGUUCCUAAAAAUUGAAAAAAAAAAAUGAAAUUCACCAAAUUAUUUGUGAUUGUCCUGCUGGCUACAUUUGUCGUAAUGGGACAAACUGAAGCCAAUAUAUUUAAGAAGUUGGGCAAGAAAUUGGAAAAUGUCGGCAAGAAAGCCCUGGCUGCUGGCACCAGAGUAGUUACCGCUGCAGAAAAGGUUGUACCGAUUAUCAAUCGAUUCAAGGCUCUCGGAAUCGGAAAUUUGAAAAUGAACUUCACGAAACUGUUUACCUUCGUUGUUUUGGCUGCUCUCCUUCUGCUAGGACAAACUGAGGCGGGCGGAUUGAAAAGUCUGGGCAAGAAAUUGGAAGGAGUUGGCAAACGUGUGUUCAAAGCAGCCGAGAAAGCUCUUCCGGUAGUGGCCGGUUACAAAGCUGUUGGAAAAUAAUCUCAGUCAUUUCGUUCUCUAAAACCUUUAAGAUUCUUGAGUGAUUGUGUAUUUUUAAGUAUUGUUUAAAUAUUAUAAUUAAGAAAGUUACUUAUUUAACAGGUAAAUAAUUGUAAAUUUGAUACAAUAAACAGUUUCAUUUAAUUAAAA